CACGAUCCUUUUCUAUAAUCUAUCGCUGCCUGUUCCCAGCUCCUUAUUCAAGUGGCAGAGCUGAGCGGGAAAGGCAAGGCGGGAAGCCGAGUGGAGACAUCACCGAAAGGCAGGGAAGGAUAACAUUGCUAAAAUAUUAAUACAGAUAAAACAUUACUAAAGUAAAAAUGGACCACGUCAACUGUGUAGCAAGGUUUGGAAAGAAACUUCUCCGCAGGCGAGUUAUCGACUUUGGAGAUAAAGAAACAGGCUUUGCCCGAUGCCUGACCACAUUGGAUCUGACUGCCCUUGGGGUUGGCAGCACUCUUGGAGCUGGGGUAUAUGUUCUAGCAGGGGAAGUAGCAAAAAAGUCAGCAGGACCUUCCAUUGUCCUCUGUUUCCUCGCUGCAGCCUUGUCUUCUGUGUUGGCUGGUCUGUGUUAUGCAGAGUUUGGAGCAAGAGUGCCUAAAACUGGAUCUGCCUACCUCUACAGCUAUGUUACAGUGGGAGAAAUAUGGGCAUUCACUACUGGGUGGAAUCUCAUCCUCUCUUACGUAUUGGGUACUGCCAGUGUAGCUCGAGCCUGGAGUUCUACGUUUGAUAAUAUAAUUGGUAGCCAUAUUUCCACCUUCUUCAAGGCAAAUAUAUCCUUUAAAAUGGAGAACAUUCUCGCAGAGUAUCCGGAUUUCUUUGCUUUGAUUCUUGUCAUGUUGUUGACAGCACUCUUAGCUUUCGGUGUAAGUGAGUCUGCUUUGGUAAAUAAGAUAUUCACUGCAAUCAAUCUCCUGGUCUUGGCUUUUGUCAUUGUGUCCGGUUUUGUGAAGGGUGAUCUCAAAAACUGGACACUUACUGAGGAAGACUAUGAGAAUAUCACUAAGGAAUUACAAAAUUCAACCAAUAUUGGAUCUUUUGGUUCAGGGGGCUUCACACCGUUUGGCUUUGGAGGAGUUGCUACUGGAGCAGCUGCCUGUUUCUAUGCAUUUGUUGGUUUUGACUGUAUUGCAACUACAGGAGAAGAAGCAAAGAACCCCCAGAAGUCCAUCCCCAUCAGUAUCAUCAUUUCCCUUCUUGUAUGCUUUGUGGCAUAUUUUGGUGUAUCUGCUGCACUUACCUUGAUGAUGCCAUAUUUUUUGCUGAAUAAAGACAGUCCCCUUCCUGAUGCCUUUAAAUAUGUUGGUUGGGAGCCAGCCCGUUACAUUGUGGCCAUUGGCUCUCUCUGUGCUCUCUCAACAAGCUUACUGGGUUCCAUGUUUCCUAUGCCUCGUGUGAUAUAUGCCAUGGCAGAGGAUGGCCUACUUUUCAAAUUCCUGGCAAAAGUUAACAAGAGGACACAGACUCCAUUGAUUGCCACCAUUGUGUCUGGAGUUAUCUCGGCUAUCAUGGCAUUCCUUUUCGAGCUGGAGGUUUUGGUAGAGCUGAUGUCAAUUGGCACCUUACUGGCAUAUUCUCUUGUGGCAGCAUGUGUGGCAAUUCUUAGGUAUCAACCGGAUCAGCCAUGCAGUGACACAGAGAUGGAAAAACUGAAUGGGGAAGAAUGUGAGAGAGAAGCUGCCACUUCAGAACCUGAAAAGAGUUUUCAGAUGAAACAUCUUUUAAAUAUAGACUGUGAUGCUUCCCCCUCCAAAACAUCUGGCCAUAUUGUUUAUGGAUGUGUUUCUUUAAUCUCUUUUGUCUUCAUCUUCCUCUGCUUAAUCCUGGCCCAGAAGAUAGAUGCCAUUUUAGAAGGCAGCGCUCUUUGGAUCAGUCUUUGUGCAAUUCUAUCGUUGAUUGCAUUUGGAAUAACAAUUGUAAUCUGGAGACAACCAGAAAACAAGACUCGUUUAAACUUUAAAGUACCUGCCCUUCCAGUGCUGCCUCUCUUCAGUGUAUUUAUUAAUUUGUAUUUCAUGAUGCAGUUAAAUGCAUGGACCUGGGUGCGAUUCCUAGUAUGGAUGGCAAUCGGAUUUUUAAUCUACUUUAUAUAUGGCGUUCGAAAUAGUGUGGAGGAAAAGAAUUCAAAAGAGAAGACUUCCAACACAAUAUACAACGGCCCUUCCAGCAGUGUAUAAGUUCGUAUGGCCACCCUGGGACAAGUAUUCCAUGAUCGCCUGUGAGAUUCAGUGCCAUGUACAGGAAUAAAAGUGCAUAUAAACAGAAGUCCGGUUACAGCCAAGGGCCUGUACACUCUUCUGCCGGUUCCUUUUAGUCUGUAACAGCGAUUACUGUACAUAUUAUAUUCUAACCAGCUAGUAUUUUUGGAAAUGAAAUUGUGAUCAUUAGUGUUGCAUAGUAUGCAACCUCAUCAGCAGUACAACGUGUUCAGUGACACAUUCAUAUACCAAAAAAGUAUUCUUUUCUUAAUAUUAAGAAAAAGAACUAGUGGAGAUUAAAUGAAUGGGUUUUCCAUAUCUAUUUAUAAUGUAAUCUAUUUACUCUGUAAAUGUAUCUGUAGCUGAGAGAUUGUUACUGUCUUAAGGUAGUUUCUCAGUGCUUUUUGUAGUUUUAAACAAUGUAUUUAUUGUUUUAUCCCCCCAGAUUAAGGGUUUACAGGCACCGUGUGGGUAUAAAGAUCUUGCUUUUGUGCAGUAAAGGGUUAUGGUGAACUCCUUGCCCUGCUCCGGUCUUUUUUGCCCCUGGCCUGAGCUCUCCCAUCUCUUUCUUUCUCGUUGUCUUGAAAGACUGAUGUAUUUAUUGUAAUGUACAUAUAUUUUUAUGUAGAUUAUUUUUUCUAUUUUACGUAUGCAGCUGUGUAUAUGUGGGAAAAGGCUUUUGUAGAAUAAAUGGAACAUUUUUGUAUUUCAACACUUCGUUCUCUAGUCUGUUUAUUGUACCAUUGUAUUGUAAUAAAGUUGAAACACUCCUUUUA